GUAAAUGCAAUGCAAUGUUCCAAAGAACUGACCUCAUUCUCUUAACUUCUAUGGCUAGGGUCAGUAGACACUAAAGUACCAAGGCAUUAGAAGACAUUAUUCUUAUGUCUUUGGACGUACCCACAUGCUUUUUGUUUAUUAUUCCCGUUAAUCGUAGAGUAAAAGUGUAUACUAAGUUUCCUGAAAAGUGUGUAACAGGUAAAAAGAAGCUUUUUUUGAUUAUAUAUAUGGUUGAUCAGAACCCAUAGAAUAGUCCGAAUAAGCGCCUCGAUCUCAAGAACUAAAAAUGCUACAAAGUUGAGAUUCUGGAAGAUCUGUCCGGGAUAUAGUGGGAUCUGUGACGGGCUCUGGCAGAUUCUUUACGGAUCUGGCUGAAUUAAGAGAGAGAUCAAUAGCAAUAAUGACGAUACCUUAACAUCUCCUACUUCUUUAGCACAUUUUUUACAACGCUUACCACUUAAAAAUUAUUUGGCUGCUACCAAUUUUUUUUUUUUCGUGCCGAUUUGACACCUGCUUGCUAAUUUUUUAACAUUUCAAUUAUUUCAAACGCCACCUGUCGGCCAUUUCAGCAAGACAGAUGUUAUUAAAUGUUAAGCUUUCUCUGCUUUCGUUGAGUGCGAUCAAGUUCGUGUCUUGACUCUUUCGUUUAAGGAGAAGCACUUUUUUCUGCAGCACCUAAAAGUGAGCAAUAGAAAUGUUGUUUGUCAAAGUGUACAAGAAAAAAUAAAAGUUAUCGCAAAAAUUGGGUGACGACAGUGAAUCUGCCCCAAAAGACUUGUAGAAAACCGAAAAUGCAUAUGUUAACGGUCUAGUAAGUCUGGCGCAGAGACAGAGAAGAAUGGCAAUGGCAACGGCAGUCACGCACGAGCUCAAUAGCUUAGAACGGGCUAAAAAGUGGGAAUAUAAUUGCGAACGAAACUGCAUUUCGGCGGCUUCGCAGCGAAAUCACGAAAGCGCAGCCCCGCUGGCCAACAGCAUCUGGCUAAUUGCCGUGAUAUUUAGACUAAGACAAAGCGUGUGUUUUUGUGUUUUUUCAAUUUCAGGCAGCCGGCCGACAUGCGAUUUAUCCGACUCAGGUAUAAAAUGCAUAAGACCCACCGGCCAGCACUCAGUUGAGCACCCAAAGAGCAGCGCCCGGCGUCAUCUCCCCAGUGUAUGCCUCAGCUCAAGGAUCGCCCAAGGAUCCUUAUCUCGUCCAGCGUCCAAUAACAAUACCCAGCGCAGUCAUGAUCAAGUACGUGUGGCAUGUGGCUGCUCUGAUGAUCGUCUUCUGUUGGCUCUCCAGUGCCCGCAGUGCCAGCUACCAACAUCAGAACCCGAACAGUCUGAGCUCGGCUCCCAGGCCCCAAGUCCAGAGCAGUAACCCCGGAAUGGGUUCUACGGGCUUCUGGAAGGACAUGUCAAUGGUCUACCGCAUAUACCAGCAGUGCUCGGGCGAUAACAUGUCCGUUUGCCUAAAGGUCAAACUGCUAACGGGCUUGGAGAAGGCCUUCCGAUCGGCAAAGUCAUUCUCGCUCAUGGAAGGCAUUCAGUUUGUCAGUUCUGGUGGCGAAGGUGAGGAGACCAAAAGAGCUCCCAUCAGUGAAAAAGAUAUUGAAGCCGUCUUGCCGGGAAGUGUGGACGCCAAGGAACAGGUCCUAAACAACAUGAUCCUGAAGCGGGUGGGCAACUUCCUACAGGAUCACACACUGCAGGUGAAAUUCGACAACGAGGCAAAUUCAGUGGAGGGUCGCAAGAAAAAGGAGAAGAAGGGCAACGGCGCCAUGAUCAUGAUCCCCCUUCUGCUGGGCGGCACUAUUGUGCCCCUGGCCUACGGAGCCUUGGCCAUGUUGGCGGGAAAGGCGCUGAUUGUGUCCAAGCUGGCCCUGGUGCUGGCCUCGAUCAUCGGAAUCAAGAAGCUGCUGAGUGGAGGCGGCGGCGGAAAGGAGUCCUCCCACGAGGUGGUCGUCUCCUCGGGAGGCCAUUCCGGCUGGGGUCGGGAGCUGGACACCGCCUACAGCGGCUGGAAGCCGGCGGCCAAGGAGUCGGCGGGCAGCGCCAAGAGCCUGUGAGCUCGCAUUUGCAUUUGGAAAGAGGAGUAGUUCGAGAUGGGAGAUUCUCGAGAGAUUAUCGUGGAGAGUGAACCAAAGAAUCGAGCGCCGCACGAACUGUCUGACUAAUGUCUAGUUUAAUUCGCCUAAUCGAUCCUUAAUUUAACGAACUAAAUGUGUGUGUUAGGUUUAAGUAAGCCCUAAUUAAAUAUAGUAAAUUCUGCUACCCGAAAUUCGCA